AUGACCGUCAGUCUAUUCAUCACGAUUCUCCUCCUUUUCUAUCAAAUUUCUUCGUCGAUUCAACAAAGCGAUCAAUUGAAUCAAUUCACAUCUCCGAAUGAUCGAGAUGAAAUUUUGUCUCGUGACCGGCGUACUUUGAAGGAUAUUCAUUUUGGUUUCACAGGCGCCGAAGUGGCUGAAUGUAGCGAGAAUGGCCUUCCAAUGAAGGUGAAACACAUCUAUUACUGGCCUGGCAAUAAUAUUUCUUUCACGUGCAAUGUUUGUCAACCAGAUUUUCAUCCAAAUAGGAAGAUCAAAAUGUGGGCUUGGGCCGCAAAAGUGUACGACUUUUUCGAACAUUACCAGAAGAAUAAGGAGUUGCAACACGCGGAUGUUGGCGUGCAAUUUUUACAACUCAACUCCGAGAUCAAUACAAGCCCGAACGAAUUCUAUGGAUCAGAGAAUUGUGGUCCGUCUUACAUGCCCGGAAAUCGAGAUCAGGCCACAGGGAACGGAUCUUUGCCCCAUAUCCGACGACAAACGUUUGAACAAAUUGGCAAUACGUUACACAUUCAUAAUGCUGAAGCAAGGGCGGCUGGUGUGUAUUUUUGCUAUGAUGAUACUGCGUUGCAUUUGGUCCGCUAUUUCUAUAUUCUUCACGCAAUGACGCCGAUCAAUCGAGUCAAUUGGAUGGAUGAUGCCAAUUUGAAGAAUCGUGUUCCACUGAGUCCGGAUAUCGGCAAAAUGGUCAGUGAAUCGUCUGACAAAAAGGCUUCAUUACCGUCUCCAUUUCAAUCUGGCAAUGAUUGCGGGAAACCGAUUUAUAUGUACCCGGAUACUCAAUGGAAAUUCAACUGGCAUCCCAUCAUCUAUAAACGCGAAAAUGACCCUAUUUGUGAUAGCGGUGAUCUUUGGUGCGAACAAUAUUUGAAACUUCACCCGGACGCCGACGACUUAGUGAUACGAAAAGUGCCGGAGACGCCGAUACAUCUGUAUGUUCUCAAACGAUCGAUCAUUGAGAAAAGAUUCUACACGAAUGUGGCGUUGGCUUUUCGAUGGGAGCCAUGGAGUAGAUGCGAUUCGGGAAGAACACAUCAACGCCGAGAGGGACACUGUGUUUUGCAGCUCGUCGAUGGUAAAAAGAAAACGAACUCGGAACUGAAUACCCAUUUUGAAGCAUCGAGGUGGAUGUCCCGAUUGGAUAGCAUUUUCGGGCUUUCUGUAGGAAAAGAGACGGCAUUUUUGAGAUUGCAAAGUUCAACUGUGAUGACGAUGAUCAUGGAUCAACCAGUGAAGACCGAUUGGGGGCCGAGAGAACGAUCGGGGAGUGUUCGUAAGAUUGACAAUUUUUAUGAACAAGUAAUCUUUCCGUCGUUGGACAUCCCGGGCGAACAAUUCAACCGAAAAAAAAUCACAUUGAAAAACGAGUGGAGGGCUUGUUUUAAAUACAAACACUCGGGAGAAAAUGAGGGAAAUGAAUCGUAUUCGGAUAUUGUUGGCACCUAUGUGAUCGAAACAAAGAUACCGCAUUGUGUCACGUUGACGUUUAAAUCGGGGAAAGUGUCGUAUGGAUGCUGGCAUUGCCCGAAGGUUGGUGCACACUUCUACGAGGGAAUCGGCACUGCAGAUUGUUGUGACACGGAUCGCUGCAACAAGCCGAAGCCUUUCAAUUGUCACCUUAGGGAAACGGAAAAUGACGAAUCGGACAAAUGUGAAGCGGACGGAGUGGAGUCUUUUUGCGCGGGUUACUACGACGACUACUCUGUUGGGAAAUGCACAAAUGAGUGUAAGAAUCAAAAGCUGAACGUGCGAAUUGAGGGUGGACGGGAUGCAGAGGGCAGGGAUCGGCCGAUGAUGUGUUGCGAUACGGAGAUGUGCAAUAUGCCGAAGCCAAAGUCAACGCAGUCACCCAAGGAUGGCGACGAUGAAUCGGUGCCUCUUCAA